AGUUAGGAAGCGAGUUAGGAAGCGAGUUAGGAAGCGAGUUAGGAAGCGAGUUAGGAAGCGAGUUAGGAAGCGAGUUAGGAAGCGAGUUGGGAAGCGAGUUAGGAAGCGAAUUAGGAAGCGAGUUAGGAAGCGAAUGAUAUUUUAUUACAGAAUAUUUACAGAAUAUUUAAUAUAUAUUAAAAAAAAGAAAUCGCAAGUAAAACGUCUGCAUCAGCCGGUAAUUAUUAAUUUUAUGGGUGUAACGCGACUGUUUCUCGUUCGCUGACAAMAUGUUUGCUGGCUCAACAACGGAUCUGUCUGCUUCUCAACACGAUGUCGGAAGACGAAAGCYGGUAAGUAAUACAUUAUUCAUAAUCCUUCAUUUAUCAUGCUAAAUUAUUCCAUCCUUGAAAGAUCAACAUAGCAUGUCGAAGAAAAAUGCUUCGCCUCCCUAUUGUAUUGUUUUAACUGAUUCUCCGAUCAAAGACGCGUUUAUCGUUGAGAGGCAAAGUAAUAGGCCAGAGACCAUCAUAAUUUCAGAUUCCCCAGUCAAAGAGGUUCCGUCGAAGCAACAUGAUCGGCAGACUAAAAGUGAAGAAAUGGUUGAACCAUUUAUUAUUCCAGAAUCUCCUCUUAAGGUGGAAUGGAAAAGUGGUUCAAGCACUUCACUAAGUAAAAAAGAUGACAUGUAUGGAUCUCUACCAGAAUCAGAUCAAUCUGAAUCAGAAUCAGAAGAAGAGGAUAUUGAUUAUGCAUCAAGUUCUGACAGUGAAGCACCAGCUGAUAAACAGACACAGUGCCUAGAUUGCCAGAAAUUUUUUUCAUCAGUUGGCAACAGAAAUAAACACAUGAGCCGCAAGCAAUGCAAAACUGUGUCAAGAAAAAGAGGAUUGAAGACUACUAGUGUAUAUGUCCCUGUAGACAUGAAGCGAAGAAAGCUGUCCCCUUCCCUUUGGGUAGGUUAUGAGAAAACAGAAGUCGAGGUGUUGCCAUUCGACAUCGAUGGUACUUGUUCUUAUAGGAUGAAGUAUGACAAAGACGCGCUUAUGAAAAGCAGCCAAGAUGGGAGACCUUGGAAGAAAUGGGUCUCAUCAAGUAGAGCAGGCUUCAAUGGUGUACGCAGACUUGCAACUUGCUCUGGGACACAUCAGUGUAACAAUACCAGGUGCCCAUAUAUACAUUCUUAUUUUAAACCCAACAAGGUGAACUUCCAAAGCCAAGGUACAAAUCAUAUCACAUGUUCCUGUUGUGGUUACAAGGCAUUGAAAGUAGACUGUACAGCAAAGAAAGUAUGGGAGUUCCAGGAGAGUUAUGUCACCAUAUACCAUUAUGGCAAGCACACUUGUGUCGCAAAAAAAAGGACACUGAAAUCCAUGAGGACGCAAGUGCAUUUUUCAAGAUCAAUGCAAGUGCUAAGCCUUCCCAGUACCCCUAUGUUAGUUAGUUCUUAGAAAAUAGUGUUUAAAGUAGAUGUUCUGAGUUUUUAAUUUGUGAGUUAUGAAUUGUUUUGUGAAAAGGUUGAUUUCCGCAGGCAAUUUUCUUUUCAAAACAUGUCAAGAUGGCCGUAUUCAAAAUUCAUUAUCUUGAAAACAAGCUCAGGACAGCCAAUUUUUCUUUUCAUUUUUGAAAUCAGCGUUAAAYUCUCUAUAAAAUAUCUUUCUAUAAGAACAUUUUGUAAUGAUUGCUUGAUAAAGUAGCUAGUCACCUUAAGACAAUCUUGGCUAGAAUGUAUGAUUUCCUAAUUCGCUUCCUAACUCGAUUCCUAACUCGCUUCCUAACUCGCUUCCUGACUUGCUAGUUAGUUUGUCUCAGACGAUUCGUCGCUAGUGUUUAAAUAAAAGCAUUGUAAAUACA